AUGCUGCCUUGCCUCAUCCUGCUUCUCCUGAUGGAGCUGUCCGUGUGCACUGUGGCAGGUGAUGGUGAAGUGGAACUCAGCACCAAAGCAGAGACCUGGAUAACUGUGGCCUUGGAGGAAGGCGCUGGCCCCAGCAUUCAGCUCCAGCUGCAGGAGGUGAAGACGGGCAAAGCAAGCCAGUUCUUUGGGCUGAUGGGGAAGCAAGUGGGAGGAAGACCUCUGAUCCAGCCAAGGAGAAAAAAAGGCAGAGAGGAUGACGCCCAAGGUUCAGAGUAAAAGCCCCCACUGCAGACUUCCCAGAGGACGUUGUGCCGCUUCUUCCUACCUGGAUGUCACAGCUGACAAGCCG